GUAUAUAAGCAAAAGAAAACCCUACUUCACCGCUUCUUCUUCAUACACAACGAGAGAGAGAGAGAGAGGCUUCUGAGAUCUCAGCUUGUUAUCGGAAAUGGCUACUUUCAGGUUCCACCAGUACCAAGUUGUUGGGCGUGCUUUGCCCACUGAAUCCGAUGAGCACCCUAAGAUUUACCGCAUGAAGCUCUGGGCCACGAACGAGGUUCGCGCCAAGUCGAAGUUCUGGUAUUUUCUGAGGAAGUUGAAGAAGGUCAAGAAGAGCAAUGGACAAAUGCUUGCUAUUAAUGAGAUCUUUGAGAAGAACCCAACCAAGAUCAAGAACUAUGGUAUCUGGUUGCGAUAUCAGAGUCGAACUGGUUACCACAAUAUGUACAAGGAAUACCGUGACACCACUCUAAAUGGGGCUGUGGAGCAGAUGUACAUUGAGAUGGCUUCUCGCCACAGGGUCAGGUUUCCUUGCAUCCAAAUUAUCAAGACUGCCACUAUCCCAGCGAAGCUUUGCAAGAGGGAGAGCUCAAAGCAAUUCCACAAUUCCAAAAUUAAGUUCCCCUUGGUGUACAAGAAGAUCAGGCCACCAUCUAGGAAGCUGAAGACCACUUACAAGGCAUCAAGGCCCAACUUGUUUAUGUAACUUGGUCAGUUGAGGAAUGAGCUCAGGAUUGUUAGACCGGGGUCUAUUUUUGAAUCAUUUUGUCAGAGACCUUAUCAGUGAAUGUUUCUUUUGGGUAUUGUUUUAUUUAAGAAUAUUAGCAAACCAAAGAGUUGAGUUUAUCUUUGUGGUUUCCAAAAUCCCUGUUUUGUUUUCGUUAUAAUUUUGCUAUGACAUAUGAUAGUAAUUUUUUCUUUCAGGAGAGUUGAAAUCCCUCAUUCU